AUGCUAAAACACUCCAGUAUUGUCUCUCUUUCUCUCUCUCUCUCUCUCUCUCUCUCUCUCUCUCUCUCUCGCUUUCUUUAUCUAUCUAUCUCUCUUGUUUUCUCUCUCUUUUUUAAGUUCUUUCUAUCUCAUUCUCUCUCUUUCUCGUUCUCUCUCUAUAUAUUUUCUCUCUUACUCACUCUCUCUUUCAUUCUCUCUCUCUUUCCCGUUCUUUUGUUCUCUGUCUCUCUUUCUCAUUCUCUCUCUAUAUAUAUUUCUCUCUCUUUUUUUCUCGUUCUCUCUAUAUAUAUUUUUCUCUUUCUUUCCCUCUCUCUCUCUCUCUCUCUCUCUCUGCGUGUGUGUGUCUCUCUCUCUCUUUGCCGUACACACGCACCAUCUAAAUUUUUCUUUCUCUCUCUCUCCCUCACACACGUACCAUCUAAAUUUUUCUUUUUUCUUUCUCUCUCUCUCUCACACACACACCAUCUAAAUUUUUCUUUUUUCUUUCUCUCUCUCUCUCUCUCUCACACACACACACCAUCUAAAUUUUUCUUUUUUCUUUUUCUCUCUCUCUCUCUCUCUAUCACAUACACACAGACACACACACCAUCUAAAUUUUUAUUUUUUCUUUCUCUCUCUCUCUCUCACACACACACAUACACCAUCAAAAUUCUUCUUCUUUCUGUCUCUCUCUCACACUCCGUAAAAAUUCUUCUUUCUUUCUCUCUCUCACAUCAUCAAAAUUAUUAUUCUUUCUUUCUUUCUUUCUUUCUCUCUCUCUCUCUCUCUCUUAUACACCGCCAAAAUUAUUCUUUUUCUCUUUCUCACUCUCACACACCAUCAAAAUUAUUCUUCUUUCUCUCACUAUCUCUCUUUCUCUCACAUCAUCAAAAUUCUUCUUUCUCUCUCUCUCUCUCUCUCUCUCUCUCUCUCUCUCACACCAUCAAAAUUCUUCUCCUUUUCCCUUCUCUCUAUCUCUCACUCACCAUUAAAAUUCUUCUUUUUCCUCCUACUCUCUCUCUCUCUCUCUCUCUCUCUCUCUCUCUCGCUACAGUUUUGAGUCUCUUAAUAUCUAUCUAUCUAUCUAUCUAUCUAUCUAUCUAUCUAUGUUUCUAA